AUGACAACAGAGAAGGGUUUGGCGGAGGAAAUCAAAAGUGCAAUGGAGGGUGACUCCAGGAGAACCAAUCAGGUUCCAGAGGACCACCGCGAUGCGGACGAAAGCUCGGACAAGACUCCCAGCAAGGCUUCCAAAUCGCCCCAGAAGAGCAACAAGAGGCCCAAGACGGUGCCUGUUAAAGUCAGUUUGCUUGACGGCUCUGACUACGAGACUGCCAUUGAGAAAUUCGCCAAAGGGCAAACACUGCUGGACAUGGUGUGUGGCCAUCUGAACCUACUGGAGAGGGACUACUUUGGCUUGACGUUCCACGACCCCGACAACGCCAAGCAUUGGUUGGAUCCUUCCAAGGAGAUUAAAAAGCAAAUUCGGGUUGGCGGCUGGAUUUUGGGCUUCUCUGUUAAAUUCUACCCACCAGAUCCAUCAGUGCUCAUUGAGGACAUCACCAGGUAUUACCUGUGCCUCCAGUUGAGGGACGACAUCCUCUCCGGUCGUCUGCCGUGUUCUUUUGUUACGCACGCCCUCUUGGGGUCUUACACUGUUCAAGCUGAACUGGGUGAUUAUGAGCCUGAGGAACACGGACCGGACUAUGUCGCCGACUUUCGCUUUGCACCUAACCAGACACGGGAGCUGGAAGAAAGAGUGAUGGAGCUGCAUCGUAACUAUAGGGGAAUGAGUCCAGCCGAGGCCGAAGUGAGUUUUCUAGAAAAUGCCAAGAAACUCUCGAUGUAUGGUGUGGACCUUCAUCACGCUAAGGAUUCUGAGGGGAUUGACAUAAUGCUGGGGGUCAGCGCCAACGGUCUACUCAUUUACCGAGACCGUCUAAGGAUCAACCGCUUUGCCUGGCCAAAGAUCCUCAAGAUCUCAUAUAAGAGGAGCAACUUUUACAUCAAGAUUCGUCCUGGAGAGUAUGAACAAUUUGAGAGCACCAUUGGCUUCAAGUUGCCCAACCAUCGGGCCUCGAAGCGACUGUGGAAGGUUUGCAUAGAGCACCACACUUUCUUCAGGUUAGUUUCUCCAGAGCCACCUCCAAAGGGCUUCCUGGUGAUUGGGUCCAAAUUCCGAUACAGUGGGCGAACUCAAGCCCAAACCAGACAGGCCAGUGCUCUGAUUGACAGGCCCGGCCCUCUAUUCGAGCGCUCUGUUAGUAAGAGGUACCUGCUGUCCCGAAGUAUUGAUGGCGCUUCAGCUUUAGGUAACAGUAUGGACCAGUUGUCUCAGCGAAGCUCGAGUGAACGAACACAGUUCAUGUCCAGAGAAGAUCUGGACCAAGAAGGCAGCCUGGACUUAGACCAUGAUCACGAGCACUAUCCGGACCAGGACCAAGACCAGGGUCAUGACACUGAUGAGGACUUAGAGCUGCAUCGGGGCCCAGAACACAUUCAUGGUGGAAGCACGUCAACAUGCUGCAAAACUUUGGAACUCAAGGCUGAGGAAGCAGCCUCUCCUGUAAACUCAAAACCAGAGGUGGACAAGGAUCUGGCCACGGCUCGGCCCAAACAGGAGCAGUUCUUAGACAAGACAGAAGAUGUUCUACAGAAACACCAGGCCAGCAUCAAUGAGCUGAAGAGGGCUUUGAGGCAGCCCAAUAGCAAGAUGAGCCAACGGGAGAAACACGCUUGCUCUGCUUCUUCUCUUGGAGGAACCCCUGAGCGGAAACCAGCGAUUGGUGAAGCCAAACUGAUUGACAAGGAGGAUGCUAAUGGACGAGCGCUGGAUUGUGACUCUAAUGUGGCUAGAGCUACAUUGACGAUCACACCUUGGGCAGAGGAAAAUGGGGGAACGUGGAACUCUCCAACUGGGAUACCUCCCAAAAACAAUUUAAGAGGAAUAGGGCUUACAGUUAGAAGGCCCCUGGAUGCUCCUUUGACCACUAAUAAUGGAAAUGAUUCUGUAUUAACAAGGAGCUAUAUUCAUGAAAAUGGAUUCAGCUCCUCUAAAGAAAAGCAAAGCAACGGAACACAGAGCAAAAAGGUGAACCUUUGCCAAUAUGAGCAAAACAUGCACCAAGCACUAACAAAGUACUUAAAUACAGUCUCAAACGGAGAAGGGGCGUCAAGAGCAUCGCGUGACACACAGAAAACCGAGGGCCGGUAUCCUCAAAAUUUGCUGAAAGAUUUCAGCAAAACUUUGAACUCUGAACAUCCUGAAGUCACCAGAGUAGUUCCUCUCAAACCACAGAGAUCAAAAAAAUCUUCCACAAGAGACACCGUAGAUUAUAUGCACCCUCUAAACCAGUCUGCAUGGGGCAUCGUUGGGGAUGCAGCAUUGAUACGAUCAGAAGGUGGAUCCAGAUCUGGUGAAGCAACAACUCGAACGGGGGAUAAUAAUAGACGGCGCUCUUCCACAGAUAGAGUGAGUGAUAACUCAGCAGCUAGAAAAUACCAGAGCAGUGCUGAAGAAGAAGAAGAAGAACAGUACUUAGAAUUCAGGGAGGGAGCAAAUUCAGUAACAAGUGGCAAGCAACAGGAAGAUGCCCAAAAUAAUGCAGACUUGAAGGCAGAGGGGCUCCUGUCUAGGUUUCCAACAGUUCCCCCACGAACACUUUCUUUGAAAAAGCAAUGGUCAAGAGACCUGCACAGCAACACCGACUGCAGCCACAGCCACUACAGAACCAACCAAGACACCACCAAGAGGAAGCAAGCGGAGACCCCUUCCACACCUGCCAUUCAUGAGGAACCCCUCAGUGAUUCUGUGCGGGAGCCUUGGGAGAGACGUCUGGGGUCAGUGUCCGAGGACGAUCAAGACCACGAGAUCUCGUUCUUGAAGGAAGCCCACUUGGGCAUCGAGCGCAAAUGUUCCAGUAUCACAGUCAGCUCCACGUCCAGCCUGGAGGCUGAGGUUGAUUUCACAGUGCUCACCGACCUGCACACGGGGAUGGAGGAAUUCUCCCGGGGCAUGUCCGAGCUGGGCGAGCGGGACUUGUCACCUGACGGGGGUCUGCGGUUCGGGAUUGACUUCCUUCAGCAGCAAGGCCCCUCGGACCCAUGGCCUCCUUUGGUGUCUGUGCCUCCUGUGUCUGGUGGUGCCAGCAGCAGUCCUCCAGCUAAGCACGUCCAAGCUGAAGAAGUCCAGAUGGAACCCAAGCGGCCUGAGGUACAGCCUGCAGUGCCUAAAAAGCCCAAGAGGUCGGUACCGGUCUCAUCUUCAGUGGACAGGGAGCAGCCACACAGGGAAGCCAGUCGGGUCACCAGCAUCGCGCCUCUGAGUCGGGAAGCCAGCGACGUCAUGGCUGCAGUGAGGAAGACAGACGUCAGGACCGAGACUCAGCCUAAUGGGUCAGAGGUCACGACAACCAUAGUGGAGUUCACAGACCAGGAUCAGAGUAUGACCGGCCUGAGCGAGGUGUCCUACUCCACAAGACGAAGCGUGUCCCCUGUGCAUAUGGGCAGUCUUGGAAGAGAGACGACGGCCUCUCCCAUCCUCGUCACCGAAAAUGUUACAUCGGCAACCACGCAGGUCACCAAGACAGUCAAAGGGGGCUACUCAGAGACCAGGAUUGAAAAGAGGAUCAUCAUCACAGGAGACGAUGAUGUGGACCAAGAGCAGGCUCUGGCCAUUGCAAUCCAAGAAGCCAAGCAGCAGCAUCCAGACAUGCAGGUGACCAAGGCGGUCGUUGUCAGGGAAACAGAAUCAUCCUCUGAGGAACGUCAUUCAUCAGCGUCCUGAGUUCCUGACAUGAGAAGCUGUCACAUUUCAUCCAAGAUGACAGCACCACCUCCCACCACCCCUGGAAAGAAAAACAGAACUCUUUUUGAAUCUAAUGUCUUCUGUUCUGAGUUCUGUGGAAACAUUCGUUCUUCAUUCUUUUG